AAUCUGAAGCAAGAGAGUCUCCGUCUGAUGGAGGAAGCGGACGGACUAUUGUUUAUGUUUUUCACUGGAAAUCAAGAAUAAAACACACGAAAAUGUCUUCGAUGUAGCGGCGAUCAGCGGGAUCAUUCGAAACUAAACAUAUUACAAUUUGGUUUUAAUAAGUUGUUUUAUAUUUUGGUGGGAUUUGAGAGGGUUUUAAAGGGUUUUGUGUGUGUUGUGAAGGUGUAAGGCCAGUUCAUGUCACAAAUGAUCAAAUCUGAUUGAAAAACCGACAGAGGAGCUUCAGUCACAGCAAACAGCUGUAGUGCCGGUGGAGGUCAAACCCCAGAGCUGUCCACUCUCACUCCGGUGUAUUUGAGUUUUUCUGUUUUGAUCUAGGCUUUUCAGUAGGUUUAAUACCAUGUACGCACCCCCGGGAACUGCUCUGCCUGGCAACCGGAGGAGGAGAGGUGGUACAGCUCUACCCAAACAGCCAGAGAGGAGUCUGGCGUCGGCACUGCCCGGCGCGCUCUCCAUCACGGCGCUCUGUACGGCCCUGGCAGAACCGGCCUGGCUCCGCGUCCACGGAGGAACCUGCCCCAGACAGGAGCUUGGUGUCGCAGAUGUCCUGGGAUAUAUAGAUGACAAACUCAUUGAGGAUUACUGUAUUAACUCUCAGUCCAUUCUGCUUUUGCGGGUCAUCGCUGCUUUCUGUUUUCUGGGCAUUCUGUGCAGCCUGACGGCAUUUCUGCUGGAUGUCUUUGGACCCAAACACCCAGCCCUCAAGAUCACACGCAGAUAUGCUUUCGCUCACAUCCUCACAGUGCUCCAGUGCGCUACAGUGAUUGGCUUCUGCUACUGGGCCUCGGAACUGAUUCUGUCCCUGCAGCAGCAGCACAAGAAGUACCACGGCUCGCUCAUCUACGUCACUUUUGCCAUCAGCUUCUACCUGGUGGCUGGUGCAGGCGGAGCCUCUAUUUUAGCCACAGCGGCCAACCUGCUCCGUCAUUACCCCACUGAGGAGGAGGAGCAAGCCCUGGAGCUCCUCUCAGAGAUGGAGGAGAGCAGUGAAACAUACCCAGUUGAUUACGACAUUACCAACCAAUUCCAGCCUCCACCGGCCUACACACCCUGAUCGCCAUUACCCUGUGUGUUCAGUGCCCAACGCCACUCCUGUCUUCAUGUGCCGCCUUUGGCCUUCAGACAAAGAAAUGAUGCUCAGAUUUUAGGUGCCCCAUCAAAAAUGAAUAUAUAUAUAUAUAUAUAUAUAUAUAUAUAUAUACAUGUGUAUAUAUAUAUAUAUAUAUAUAUAUAUAUAUUCAGUAUCCCAUAUCCAUGCACACAUUUAAAUGAGCGUUUUACUUCAGCAGACAGAGCUUGCGUGCAUGGAAGAAAUCAAAGAGAGUAAUUAUGGCAUUGCUUGUAGGAUUCCAUUUGAAUUCAUCUUGCAGUAGUUUGCAUGUAUCUGGCAGUAAAUUCCCACACAGAUCUAUAAAUUUUUUUGGCACGCAUUUAUUAUUGAUUAAAGACUUGAAGGAUGCAAAGCAUCUCGGCGUCAUGCUUGUUGAAGAUGCAUUUACUGGCAGCCUCUUUGGCAAAUUAAACUAAGGGGAAUUAGUAUAAUCAAAAAAAAUUUUUUUUUGCUUCACAGGUUUAUAAUUUUUGCCAUUUUCUUCACAGGUUUAUCAUGUUUUCCAAAUAUUGAGCUGCACUUUUGACUUUUGUUCCUGUUUUUCAAGUGGUCAUUUGUAGACACUUUACUUUGUUAAAAAAAUGAUAAUUUUUUAAAUCAUGCUAUGUAUCAAUGUAUACUUUUAUUUAUUUGAAAUUAUCAGUAGCCCACAGAUGCUGCCGUAUCUGCACACUUCUGGAUUCACCCCAUCACAUUUUUAAAAAUAAUUUCAUUAGGCUUUUUAAUCAGUUAUUUUAAUGUUACUUUAACACAUAUAUAGCUGCAAAUACCCAAGAUGGAUAGAAAAAUUAUUUAUUAUUUAUUAUCUGGUUGAAAUAGACAUUCAAAGAAGCUGGAAAGCAAAUAUUUUAUGUACCUGUAAUUUGGAGGCGUUCAGGUUUGCCAACAUCACAUCGUGAGUUUGUUCUGUAUUAAUUGGAUUUUAUUUUUUUUUUUUUUUUUAGUGAAAUUGUGUUUGAUGUGUUUUGAUAGUAAUAGUGUGAGGAUGUUCUGAUGAAAGAGUCUUAACACAUUUGAUCAUGAUUGUAUCCACAAUUUACUUGUCUAGCAUUUGCUCUGGUCUGAUUAUUUUUGAUAAAAUCACUGCAUGACAUUUGAUACUGCACUUGUGUUGCAUAAAUGGACUGUACUUGUUCAGAUUUCACUUUUACAUGCAGGUUUUUUUUUUAGUAAUAUGGUGGUUUUGUGUUCUAGAUUAUUUCACAUUUCCUUUCUGUGUUUCAUUUAAAAAUACGUUUACUUAAAUACAUGGAAAAUAAAGAAAAAAAUGGAGUCAAAAUAA